AUGGAAGGUAUUCUGAUUCAAGAUGAUGCUCAGCCGUACUCGAGUAUGGCUGGGAAGCUGGAUGCCAGACUCCUUAAAGGCCUCGACGUGAUGGGGUUCGCAUUCAUGACGCCAGUCCAACAGCGUGUUUUGACGGAACUUCCCACUUGGCGCACCGACUGCCUAGUCCAAGCCAAAACAGGCACUGGAAAAACUCUGGCCUUCUUGCUACCAGCCUUGCACUGUCUUUUGGAGGCUCGGGCGGCACCUCCCAGAGGCCAGGUCGCCAUUCUGAUCAUUACUCCAACCCGAGAACUCGCCCAGCAGAUCGCCAAGUCAUGUGAUCAAUUGACAUCGCAACUUGACCAGCCCUUGGAGUGUCACAUUGCUGUCGGAGGAACGGCCCGGGCAUCUGCUCACUCUCGUUUCAUGAAUGGGGCACCCUCAGUUCUGGUCGCGACCCCUGGUCGUCUGAAGGAUUACCUGUCUGAUGAAUACACCGCCGAGAGGCUGUCAAACAUCCAAACCCUGGUGUUGGACGAGGCUGAUACCAUGCUCGAGAGCGGCUUCUUGGCCGAUGUGAAGCAAAUCUUGAGGAUGAUUCCCUCCAAGAAGCAAAACGGCUGGCAAGGCAUGUGCUUCUCGGCCACGAUCCCGCCCAAGGUCAAGGAUGUGGUCAAUGUGGUUCUGAACCCAGGCUACGCAAGCAUUUCGACUAUCCAAGAGAAUGAAACUCCGACACAUGAAAGAGUUCCCCAAUACCACGUCAUCAUACCAUCUGUGGCAGAGACCUUUACUGCACUCACAUCUCUGCUGAGCCUGGAGAGCAAGCAGUGCUCCAAGAUCAUUGUCUUUGGCGUUACUGCGAAUAUGGUUGCCCUCUUGGCGAAGGUGUUUGCCCAAGGCUUGACUCCCUUGAAGGUGUUCGAGAUCCAUUCCAGACUCAACCAGGGAGCUCGAACGAGAACCACUGCUCAAUUCAAGGAGGCGUCUGCCGGAAUCCUGUUCGCCUCGGAUGUCAUCGGCCGCGGCAUGGAUUUCCCCAACGUCGACUUGGUUGUUCAAGUUGGUCUGCCAUCUAACGGCGAACAGUAUGUUCACCGCGUCGGUCGUACCGCCCGUGCGGGCAAUGAUGGCCGUGCCAUUAUCCUCCUCACCCCUGCCGAGUCGUUCUUCAUGAAGGUCAACCGUCACUUGCCCAUCCAGCCUCAUCCCGAGACCAACGCAGUUCUCGAGGGCGCUACUGCGUGCGCGGCAACCGCUACCCAGGCCAUGUACAAGAUUGACGAAGAAACCAAGCAACGCGCUUAUUCUUCUUACAUUGGUUUCUUUGCUGGAUCCGGUCUCCUGAAGCAGGUCCGUCUUGAUAAGCCCGGCUUGGUCCAACUCGCCAACGAGCUGGCCAUCAAGGGUAUGGCCUGCCCUGAGCCCCCGCCCAUGGACAAGAAGGUUAUUGGCAAGAUGGGUCUGAAGGGUGUCCCUGGAUUCAACUAUGCUACCGGAAGUGACCUGAAUGGAUACAGUGCUCCCAGACACCGCGGCAACCAGAAUGGUAACCAGCAUGGCAAGAAACGCGACGCUCUCAGCCCUGGUGCCGGCCACGGAGGUCCUCGAGGUGGUGUUGAGAAGAACCGUGGUGGUCGAGGUGGUGGCGGCCGAGGUGGCCGUGGAAAUCGUCGCGGCGGAGGCCGUGGGGGCAAGCCAAAUGCAGCAUGA